GCUGUGGCGGCUCUGGCGGCAAGCACAGGCCUGGAGGCGGCCCGGGCUCCGGGGCCGCGUGAUAAGGCCCAAAAUAGGUGCAGACCCACACGUGUCCCCGCCAGCGCCCGGGCCUCCGCUCCGACGCCCAAUCGCUGCGGCCGCCUGGCGCUCGGGCCGCGUGGGCCGGCGCGCGGAGACCGGCCCCAGGAGACAGCGCCCGUCGCCAUGCGGUUCAGGUUCGGGGUGGUGGUGCCGCCCGCCGUGGCCGGGGCCCGCCCGGAGCUGCUGGUCGUGGGGUCGCGGCCGGAGCUGGGGCGCUGGGAGCCGCGGGGCGCCGUGCGCCUGAGGCCGGCGGGCACGGCGGCGGGCGCCGAGGCGCUGGGGCUGCAGGAGCCGGGCCUGUGGCUCGGGGAGGUGGAGCUGGCGGCCGAGGAGGCGGCGCAGGACGGGGCGGAGCCGGGCCGCGUGGACACGUUCUGGUACAAGUUCCUGAAGCGGGAGCCGGGAGGAGAGCUCGCCUGGGAAGGCAAUGGGCCUCAUCAUGAUCGCUGCUGUACUUAUAAUGAAAACAACUUGGUGGAUGGUGUUUAUUGUCUCCCAAUAGGACAUUGGAUUGAGGCCACUGGGCACACCAAUGAGAUGAAGCACACCACAGACUUCUAUUUUAACAUCGCUGGCCACCAAGCCAUGCAUUAUUCAAGAAUUCUACCAAAUCUCUGGCUGGGGAGCUGCCCUCGCCAAGUGGAACAUGUAACCAUCAAACUGAAGCAUGAAUUGGGCGUUACAGCUAUAAUGAAUUUCCAGACUGAAUGGGAUAUUGUCCAGAACUCCUCAGGCUGUAACCGCUACUCAGAACCCAUGACUCCAGACACCAUGAUUAAGCUGUAUAAGGAAGAGGGCUUGGCCUACAUCUGGAUGCCAACACCAGAUAUGAGCACCGAAGGCCGAAUACAGAUGCUGCCACAAGCCGUCUGUCUCCUUCAUGCCCUUCUGGAGAACGGACACACCGUGUAUGUCCACUGCAAUGCUGGAGUGGGCCGCUCCACUGCCGCCGUGUGUGGCUGGCUCCAAUAUGUGAUGGGCUGGAAUCUCAGGAAGGUGCAGUACUUCCUCAUGGCCAAGAGGCCAGCUGUGUACAUUGAUGAAGAUGCCUUGGCCCGUGCACAAGACGAUUUCUUCCAGAAGUUUGGGAAGGUUCGAUCUUCUACAUGCAGUCUGUAGCAGCCCAUUUGCCUCCUCUUCCUCUCAAUUUCCUUAAUUCAAAUGAUCUAGAAACAAAGAUUCUACUUGAAUGGAAAGGACUGUGAAUGAGAACUUGUCUCUUAGGCUGCUCUGGUUCAUCCAGGGGAUAAUUUUCUAUUGUUUAGGUUGGGCUGUGUCCUAGAAAUAUUUUGCCUAAGAAGUUAUGAUACAUAAGCCAAAGCCAAAAACAGCUGGUUGUGCAGUGCUGUUCUGUGAAUCAGAUAGGAAGGGAAUAGGUGCAGGUCCUGCUGCAUACAGAUCGAAAAACCCUGUGUUUUACUCUGCAUGUGCUGUACAAAGCACUAUGGAUUCAGGAGAGCAUGUGCCUGUUGCAUCAUAGCCUCUUCACCUAAAGAAGAAAAAACAGAGAGGUACAUGGACUCACACACACACAUGCAUACCCACAGUGCUUCCCUGCUGAGCUGAACCAAAUUUAUAAGCAUCAGAGUCAGUCAGUUGCCCAAACAGGGAAUCACAGUAGAAACUUGGACUGUGACAAAGGAAGAGCUCAACAUAACUAAAAGUGAAUGGCUUUCUAGACUUUGUAUCUGCAUGCUGCCUUGCAGUGGUCACAGUCUGGUCCAGGGCAUCACUUUCCUUACCCACCCAAGAGCUUUCAAUCAAAACAUCCCUCAUUCUCUAUUUGUUCCCAUUUGCGGCUUAAUGAGCAUGAGUGCUUGCUGAAAGCCUCCUGCUAGUAAGGGAUGACCCAUAUUUCCUUGAUUCUGCUGUUUCCAAGAUAACGUGUUGUUUCUCCACCAUGGUGUAGUGAAUUUAGCUUUGCCUUUCUUCAGCUAAGGUUGAUGCUCUGACAAGCAGUUUCAAUAGUGAAAUAUGGAAAAGCGGUACAGUGUUCUGAUCAGUUGCCAACAAAUUUAUGAAAGUAGUUGCAUUUUGUGCAACCUGAUUUAAAAUACAGUGUACUGUCUCAGCCAAUGUGGCCUGAGCCAUAGCUCUUGAGAGGAGAGAGCCCCAAAUCCACAACCUAGGACUGAUGCUGGUUCAGUCCUCAAUAUGCACUUCCUGUGCCUCCAGAAUAUGAGAUUUGCUACCUUAAAUUGUGCAGAAAGUACCAAGGUGAGUAAGACUUUGCCUUCAAAAGUGUGUAGCCUUCAAACAGACCUGUGUUCAACCAACUGUCAUGUAGGAUUGGACUGCGAAAGCUAUGCUAGAAUAGAGGAAAGGAAAAUAUCUUUUAGUCAAGUGCCUCUAUGUGCUAGGUGCUUUACAAUCUUUGUGAUCUUAACCACGUUGAUCUUCAUGGCAUCAUCUCUGCUUUUUAGAAGAACUAAGGCUCAGAGAUGUUAAACCAACUGUCCACUGUCACAUGGUAAAUAAAUAAAUGAAAUGAGAUUCAAGGCUAGAUUUGUUAGAAUCAAGGAUCAUAUUUUUUUCUCCAUUACACCAUAAUGCUUAUUUAUUUAUUUUGGCUCCUCAUUUUCUCCCCAAAAUACAGAAUGAUUGAUAGGGGAGACUCUGACAGGAGGCAUCAGAAAUUAGAAGUAUACGAGAUAAGUUCCGGUUGAGCUCAAAGGAGAGAGAGAUGUCUCAUUAUUGUGGCACUCAGGCAAGAUAACAUUUCCUCUGGGCAGAGGUGGCCAGGCAGGAUUCAUUUCUUCUGAACUUUUACAAAGCUAAAUUUAUAAGCCAGCAUCGAAUAAUGUGACAUCUAGCUCCAUUGCUAAUAAUAGCUAGAAAUAGCUAUUGUAGUGAAGAACCCAUUUAUAGCCAUAAUGUGUUAUGUAAAAUUUAAUUGUAUGGUUGGAAUAUUUUAAAAUAAUUACAUACAUGUAUGUGUGUGAGAGUUUCUUUAACAUCUAACCAAUCUAGAUGCAUAAUUUCUAUUACAGAAACAUCUUUUUGAGUAGAUUAUUCCCUUCCUCUCCUUUUGCUAUGAAAAACAAAAAUCGGUUUAAGACUGUUAAGAAUGUUUUGGAAUUACUUCUCUUGUCCUCAGUGAGUGAAAUGUCUAAUAUGUUUCAAAAAUCAAUUGGAAUCUUUGCUGAAUAAAAAAUUUUAAAAGACA